UCUCCGCGCAUCCUGCAGUAUCAGUUCCCACAGGGCAGUCUAACAGUAUAGAAGAAAUAAGCCUCAAAAUGCAGCAGUCUCUAUUCUCCCGUGUCAAGCGUCAAGCCAACUCGGUAAAGACCGGUGACUUGGAGCAGUUUCGAUCCAGGGACAAGGCCUACCAGAACUUCAUUGACGAGCUGAAGUCGGUUUUAACCGAACCGAACGAAAUCUACGGCAACAUCAGGGUUACCAAGCGUCGCGAUGGCAUCACCAAGGUUAACAUCAAGGACGGUGCCAACCAGGUCGGCUUCAUCUACCGCAAUCGGGAUCUUUACAUUAUUGGUUUCGUUACCGGAUCAACUUUCUACAUCGACAAGGAAGUGCACGAUGGCCUGGGAAAGAAGAUUCCAAGUGCGUGGACGACUGUGAUCGGCACUAGCAAGGUUGAGACUCUGUCCAACCCAUUCAGCUACGGUCAGAUUUUGCCGAGUGGUGAGAAUACUGUGCUACAGAUCGGCAAACUGGGUGAUUCGUUGAACAAGCUCACCCAAGUGGGAGACACUUCGAAGCGCUCGCAGAUCAUGACGCAACAUCUGGGUCCGUUUGUGGUGGCAUUUUCCGAAGCGAUACGGUUCCCCGUUGUUGCCCGGGAGAUACAGGGUGCGAUCCGGCAGUCAACCGGUACGGUCAGGCUAUCCAAAAACAUUCUGGAACCAUUAAGCAUCGGUCAUCCUGAUGAAAGAUGUAACCAAUUCUCGUUGAGCAUUUAUGAACUGCUGUUGAACUGGGGAAAGCUAUCAGACAGAGUUCCACUUGUCUAUGCAAUUGGCUCUGAUGGCGCUCCACCUCUCCGAGAAAGCGAUUGCAUUCUACGCUUGGAGAAGAAUCAGCUCAACACGCUACUCGGAGUGGCCAACUCGCACCGAUUUGAUAGAAUAAACACCGCCCCAGUUCGUGGCAAACGGGACUUGACGAUAAUGUUUGAUAAUACAAUUCCACAGCAUCCAGCGCUCUUGGAGCAGCAGAUCAAUGGCAUCGAUUACGAGCAAUCACUCCCGAUGUCUGCACCAUGUGGCACCACCUCGAUCACGCACAGUCCGGAUGUGAUUGGAGCGUUGCAUCUGCUCACUGUCGGACUGCUGUAUCUUUACGGUAGAAAAAUGAAUGUAGCGGUCGGGGAAAACCGGCGAACUCUCGAUUCACGGGAGGCGUACGGUCUUGCCGCAGAUCUAGCCGAUAGGAUUGGAUGUUUCUUCAGGUUUGCUGGUUUGGAGCUGGAAAUUGGGUUCGAGGAGGAAAUGCACCUUCAACGACAGUUAUCUUCGGCUAUUCUUCAUGGCGAGAGUGUGGAACCGAUUUUGACAGAGCUGCUUUACCAGCAUUAUUCCAAGCUGGAGAAUGCCGGAUCGUUGGAAGCGCUCCGACAGCUUCUUUUCAAGGCACUGGCAAGCGAAAGUGGAUUGGUGAAGGGGGAUGCAUUUCUGGGUGAUGUGUGCUUUCCUGGCUCCGAGAGCACGGCCUAGUCUAGUCGUUUAGUUAAAACAAUUUUUGCUACUUCGGCUGAGCUUCACCGGGUUUUCAUUUCACCAGAAUACGUGACCUGCGAGCUUCAUGAAAAAAACAACGAAAUAAGAACAUUGACUAGUGCUAUAAAUACAUUCGGUCCAUUUGAUUAUGUAAUAGAACUUUGUGUGAUACUUGAAACCAAUAAAACUUAGCAUUAUUACCCACUUACUAUAAUUUUAAAGAACUUUACACAC